AUGAAGACGAGAUCUGGUGCUGUAUUCGGAGACAAUGGAGAGAAGAGGAAAGCUCCCGAUGGAGACGACAAUGGCAGAGUGAAGAGAAGAUUGGUGCAGAGCAACGAGCAGAAGAGCGAUCCUCAGAGAGACGGAAAUGGUCGAGGGAAGAGAAAACUGGCUCAGAGCAACGAACAGGGGAAGGGGAAGAUCCUCCGAGGAAUCCGUGGCUGUGUAUCUCCUCGGUGCUCUGCUUCUACUUACCGUUCCAGAUUCUCGUGGUUUGAGGAAGAUAUAUGGACAUACAUUUCGAGGUUUUUGGAUGGUAAAUCACUGGUGAUGCUGGGAGCAACAAACAAAUGGUUUUUUAGCAAGAUCAUAAGGGAGGAUGCUAUUUGGAGGUUUGCUUGCUUGCGUGAUCUUCAGGUGCCAAGGCCGCUUUCAGUUUCCUCAAGCUGGAUUAAGAUAUACGCUUCAGCUUUUGGUAAGUAUAUCAUACACAUUACAUCAAAAAAUGAAGACGAUAACAUUUACAUCAACUUUGGACUCAUACAGUCUCAAUACAAUGGUAGACUAAGAAAUGAGAUAUUGGACAAUGCAGAUGGGAGCCACUCUUACUUGUUCCAUCAGAAGGAAAAGCACAUUGAUUGGAUGCGAAUUGGUGCCUUUACUCUUGACUCUGGAAUGUCACUACUGACUGAGAGUUUCAACGGUCAACUGAAAGUUCCAAGGGAAAGAAGCAUAGAAAAGAUGCUGGAAUCGAGUGGUUCAUGUAUCAUAAACGGCAUUAAAAGCGGUAUUUGGAUUGCAGAUUUGCAGCUUGUUCGUUGCCCUGUCUGUGACCUUAGUACCUGUGAUGGAACAAUGCAAACACUGGACGCUAGGCACCUUGAGCUGUUCCUGAACGAAGGAUACAAAGAUGGAAGCUGGGAAUACAAUCUAAUCGGAUCUCAUAAGUUACAGAAAGACACAAAAGCAGCUUGUGGAGCCAUAUUUGAUCUCAAACACCUUAAAGCAUCUUCAUCCUCAGGUAUUCUCAACCUCAAGUCUUGGAGCGGAGAGCCAGAUGAUGUCCAACCCAAAGCAGUCAUCGUACCAAACGCAGUAGCUGUUCACACAAGACUACAAGAAAACGAAGGAAUCCUUGUGAAGUAUCACGCGAUGAAAGCAGGAACUGAUGGUGACAUUGUUUCCAUCAGAAUCUCCCAUCAGCUGCUCUGA